GCCGUGCGGUCCCUUCCUCCUUUUGCGCACUUAGCAGUACGAUAAUACCUGGACAUCCCCUUUCGGUCAUUCCACACACCCUCACAGUCAGCAAUGGAGAACGAGAAGGGCCAGGUCGUCGACCUCUACAUUCCCCGCAAGUGCUCUGCCACUGGCCGCCUUAUCACCGCUAAGGACCACGCCUCCGUCCAGAUCAACGUCGCCGAUGUCGACGCUUCUGGCCGUCUGACCGGUACCUUCGAGACCUACGCUCUGUCCGGCUUCGUCCGCGCUCUGGGCGAGUCUGACGACUCCAUCAACCGCCUUGCUACCGCUGACGGUUACCUCAAGGGAGUCUGGAGCUACCAGCAGUAAAUUUUUCGAAGUCUCGCUUUUGGAUACAACAGUAAUGUUGGACGAGCCGUAGCGUUGUAUAGUGCAUACUCCGUCUCCUCAAUAUAUCUCAAAUCUAGC